CAGUGUUUCACACCGCCUGAAGAAGGAGGAGGAGAAGAAGAAGAAAUCUCAUCCCUGUGUGAAUAAUUCUCAUUCUUCUGGAUUAUUUUAGCUUUAAUCUUCUCCUUCUGUCUGAUUUUAUUUCAUUUCUCUUUCAUUCUGCGAGCUUAAGAGGAGAAAGAUGACCGAGGUGGAGUUAUCAUGCUUGGCGUGUGUGAAGAUGUUCCUGCACGCGAGUGUGUAUCCGCGCUGCAGCGUAAACGGACUGCUGUUAGCACCUGCAGCAGGAGGACUUGGUGAGGAAGGUGUGUGUGUGACCGACUGUGUCCCUCUACUGCACUCUCACCUUCCACUGGCCAUGAUCGCUCAGCUCGCUCUCACACAGGUGGAUGUGUGGUGUUCUCAGACGCAGCAGAGGAUUGUGGGAUAUUACCAGGCUAACGCUAAUCUGUCUGACAGCAGUCCAACUGCAUGUGCUUUCAAAAUGGCAGACAAAAUCCUGGAGCAGAGCAGCAAUGCAGUGUUACUGAUGAUUGACGGCAAGAAAAUGUCCCCCGGAUAUCGUGUUCCUCCGAUAGUGAUGUACGAACAUAAAGACUCACGGUGGAUCUUAAAAGACAAACACACAAUAAUGCUCCGGCAGUGGGAGGAAACUCGAGCAGUCACCUCUCAGUUACUGAACUCCAGAGAUCACACGCUGCUGGUAGACUUCGAUAGCCAUUUGGACGACAUCACAAAGGACUGGACCAAUCAAAAACUCAAUGCUAAGAUCAUGGAGCUCGUCUGUCCAGCUAACGGCAGCAUGUGAACAUCGGUGUUGUCUAUGUGUCAGAGGAUAAACUCACUGUCAUGCCGAUGUCGUAAAGCAUGAGAGGGAAAUGGACAGAUUAUUUGGAAUAUUAAUUAAAUCCAUAAAUGUAA